AUGAAUAUCGACUCUUUGCUACCAGCUACAGAACCGAUGGGGACGUCCCCAUCCCCCACGUCUGAAACCAAAACCUCCACUGCCACCACCCGCAAGCGGGACAAUUCCCCAGACAUGGCCCACUCAGGUUUGCCCAAGCGCCCACGAACGGAUCCGGGAACGUAUGAAGAGGAUGAUGUGCAUUCGGAGGCCCCCCAGGAUGAUGAGUUCGAGGGGUCACCUCCCUCGGCGAAGUAUUCGACCCCGACCCCGAUCACGCGCCCGACACGCUCUAUACGCCACAGAUCCGCUUCCAAUGCGUUGCCGGCAGCCGGGCUUGAUUGA